UAACCCCUAUCUCUCUCCGCUCACAUGGUACACUCUGUGCCACUGAGGUGAGAUCCAAGUCGUGCGGCGGAGUCUGAGCGAGAUUACGGAGAUAGGCUACGUCCACACCAUGUCAAGACGUCUUUACGCCUAGGCGAUUGUACUUGCCGGACACAUCAAAGCGGCUUGGCCAUCGCCAAAGGCCUGAGGGAUGCGAGCCUUGCGCCUUACACAGCUUGGAAAUGUAUAUCUGAGGCUCUCUCACCAAGUCCGAAGUUUCGCGAUGCGAAGUCGGUUUUGCCCGACAUUUGAUCCGUACUCGUACUCGCGCGGUCGAUGGCUGGAUCAAAACGAACAGCGACAGAAAGCCAGAAGGAUCGAGUUCAGUUUCGACGCUUUGCUUGAUGUGGCAGUGAAUUGCAGCAAGAGUGCUCGUGAGGUCGUGGCUUGUGAGAAAAGAGAAGGCGGAUUCAACCGUGUGUUCAUCGUCGAGCUUGACAAUGGCGAAAAGGUUGUUGCAAAAGUGCCCAUGCGAUUUUCUGGCCCGCCUGCCUUGACCACAAUGUCAGAAGUGGCGACCUUGAGAUAUGUCAAGAGCAAGACAAGUGUGCCCGUUCCUCGGGUUCUUGCGUGGAGCUCAAAAGCCGAGAGCAACCACGUUGGGAUCGAGUACAUUAUCAUGGAACAUAUGUCUGGCAUUGCUCUGACAGAUGUAUGGCCGCACAUGACCGAGUUACAGCACAUUGAGUUCAUUGAAUCCUUGGGUGCAAUGGUGAAAGAGCUCUGCGCUCUCGAUUUUGCAGCACUUGGCUCGCUUUACCUCAACACCCCAGAUAAGCCUGCACCGACGCACCCCAUUGAUGAAGAGUAUUGCAUCGGUCCUCACUGUGGUCGACAGUUCUGGGGUUUCACCGAUGACAAGACGACUUCAGCUGCGAUUCCUCAGGGUUUCCAAGGUCCAUGUAAGUGCAUGUCUAGACUCUUCGCGGAUCUCAACGAAAUUAGCAAACUGACCGUGGAGCAACGCGGAUCUUCACAAAAGGUUGUUGAAGAUCAUUUGCAGCUUCUGGAUACAAAUAUGAAGACUUUGGAGGCGGUUGAGAAUACCACGACGGUCCAGGAUUCAUGCAGCUCUUUGCUGUUCCACCCGGACUUACAUGCACGCAACAUCUUUGUCGACCCAAAUGAGCCAAAGACAAUCCUUGGUUUGAUUGACUGGCAGUCCGCUGCGAUUGAGCCGGCCUUUUCCCAUGUUCUUGAAACGCCGGACUUCGCGGAAGAGCCAUUGCUAGACAAGACACUCGACGCAGAUGAUGCACAGUAUUCGAGCGAGGCACAAAACCAUGCCCAACGCUGCAAGAAAACGUGGGCCAUCAUGACUUUCCUCUGUCCAAAGUUGGGGAAAGCCACAGCUCUAAAUCCUGCUCUGUGCCGCUAUCUCGCUGGCGUCGUCUCAGGAUGUGCUGAUGAGGCGACCUCACUUCGCUCUCUGCUGGCAGACGUGAGCAGCGAAUGGAAUGGGCUCGGCAUACCAGGCGCCUGUCCCUAUCAGCCGAGUUCAGUAGACGCCAACUUGCUUAAUGUGGAGCAAGACCAGUUAGAGUCCACAAAAAGACUGCGGAUGUAUCUUUCAAGACUGCUGCGCUGCGAAACAGAUGGCUGGGUCGAGGAAGGAAGAUGGAAUGAGGUCAUUCCCGUCUACCGAGAGCAGUAUGCUGAGUUUGUGAGUGCUUGCAUCGCAAGUCGAGAAGAGGACGAGAAUGAGGAAGACGCGAAGAGAAAGGCGGAUGCGCUAUGGCCGUUUGAUCUGAGAUGA